AUGCUGGGCUCCCUGCUCUUCCCCCAAGUGAGCCGGCCCCUUCGAUGCCUCACCCGGGACGUGCAUCGUUGCAGGUGGGGGUUGCGUGGGCAGAAGAGGUCUGGCUGUGCCCACCGGGGGCUGCAAACCACAUGGGCAACCUACGGCAGUGACGUUACCCCGGUCUUCACGAGGGCUUUGGCUUUCGGCGAUAAAGUUGCCAUCAUUGACCAAAACGGUGAGCACACUUACAGGGACCUUCUCAGCCAGAGUCUGCGCUUGUCCCAGGAGAUCUGUAGGGCUCUGGAGUGCUCCAGCAGGGACCUGAAAGAAGAGAGGAUCUCGUUUUUGUGCCCCAAUGAUGCCUCGUAUGUGGUGGCCCAGUGGGCUUCCUGGAUGAGCGGGGGCAUAGCAGUGCCCCUUUACAAGAAACACCCCGUGCAGGAGCUGGAGUACGUGAUUCAGGAUUCGCAGAGCACUCUGGUUAUCGCAGCAGAGGAGUAUGUGGGGAAAAUCGCCCCUAGCGCUGAGAAGCUGGGAGUCCCGCUUCUCCCACUUCCUAGGCUCCAUAGUGAUGGAUCCGCAAGUCAUGCAGCCGUACAAGAGGGUCCCUUGACAACCUGCUCUUCGUGGAAAGACAGAGGAGCCAUGAUAAUCUACACUAGUGGGACGACGGGAAGACCGAAAGGUGUCCUCAGCACCCAUGGGAACGUGCAGGCUGUGACCACAGGGCUGGUUGAAAAAUGGGAGUGGAAGAAGGAAGACGUUAUUCUGCACGUGCUGCCUUUACACCAUGUCCAUGGGGUGAUCAAUAAGCUCCUCUGUCCUCUCUGGGUGGGAGCGACAUGCAUCAUGUUACCCGAAUUCAGCGCACAGAUGGUUUGGAAGAAGUUGCUAAGCUCCCAAGCUCCCCGUGUCAGUGUCUUCAUGGCAGUGCCCACUAUCUAUGCCAAGCUGAUAGAGCAUUAUGACAAGCAUUUCUCUCAGCCACAAGUCCAGGAUUUCGUGCAUGCCUUUUGCCAGGAGAACAUCAGGUUAAUGGUCUCAGGCUCUGCAGCCCUGCCUGUGCCUGUCCUGGAGAAGUGGAAGAGAAUCACUGGGCACACCUUGCUGGAGAGGUACGGGAUGACUGAGAUUGGAAUGGCGCUUUCUAACCCUUUGCAUGGAGUCCGUGUCCCAGGUUCCGUGGGCACCCCGCUUCCCGGGGUGGAAGUGCGCAUUGCCACUGAGACCUUGAAGAAUGGAGGUCGUUCCUACACCAUCCAUGCUCAGGGAGAUGAAGAAGGCACACAGGUGACACCGGGUCUGGAGGGGCAAGAAGGGGAGCUGCUCGUGAAGGGACCCUCCGUCUUCCGCGAGUACUGGAACAGACCCAGAGAAACAGCGGACGCCUUCACGCCUGACGGCUGGUUCAAAACAGGUACCACGGUGGCUUCCCCACGGCGUCUGGCCGAGGGCAGCGAGGGAAGAGGGGGGCAGCAGCUCUGGUUUGGCCCUCGAGCGGUGACGGCCUUGGGAGAUCACUUGGAGAUGGCAAAUGUCCCCGUGGUGCUGAAAACCCACUUCAGGGACCCGAGGAGGUUGUGUCCCAUCAAAGCGGGUGGGAUCCGGGGGGUGUAUUACCUGCGCAAACAGAAGCGG